CCGCGCACGUUGGUAAAGACCAUUUUCGCUUGUUCACAUCCACUACGCAGUUAUGAUACUCGCUAGAAGCUAGAGGCUAAACAAUUCCAAAUUCUUUCUUCCUGUUAAAUUAUUCGUGAUUACGCUGGCGAGAUACCAGGGAUCAUGGAAAUGUUUGCUUACACUCUUUUGUUCGUUGCCUGCUCUCUGGGUGUAGUGGCCCAAGUGAAUUCUCAAGAAUGUCUCACGGCCACACAGGACUCCUGCAGACCAAAUAUAAAUAAACAAUCCAAAAUUAAUCAAGAAUCUGCUUGCAACUCCAGGUAUGGAGCUAUCAGUAAUCUUGAAGAGGAUUUGAAUAAAUUUGCUCUAACUCACAUUAUCAAGUCAUUUGAAUACCUACUUAUGUCCACCCACUUUGGCAAUUAUGACAUGAACAGAGAAGGUUUCCAUAAGCUAUUCAGAGCAUACUCAGAUUCCAAGUGGGAGAAUAGUAUCGAAUUAAUCAAGCAUAUCACCAAACGUGGAGGCAAAGUCAAUAUGAAGGCUCCAAUUGCCUCCCCAUCCUCUAAUUACGAAUUAUACGAAAUUGAGAGUCUGGCCAAAGCUCUGGAUAUGGAAAAAUCUCUCAUGGCGGAGGCAUACAAUAUUCACGAACGCUCCAUCAGAAAACUGGAGCAUAGUCACGAUCCGGAAAUUUCCCACUACAUUGAGGAAGAAUUCGUAGAGAAGAGUGCUGAUAAAAUUAGAGAACUAUCUGGACACAUUGCAGAUUUAUCCAAGAUGCUUGGAGAGAGCCAGGAUAACGCUCUUUCCUUGUAUUUGUUCGACGAUUAUCUUAAAAAUUUGUAGAUUGUACAUUGUUCUUGUGAUUGUUAAGUCUAUAGAUAUGUUUUAGUAAUAUUUUGAAAGUGAUAUGUUUUAUAGUUUAUCCAUCAAUUAAAAUGAAUUUUUCCGUUCAAA